GCCUGCGCCGUCUCCGCUACGGCGUCUGCUGCCAUUGUGGCGGUUUACGGGGAUCAGCCGACCGAUGGGAGCUUGUGCUCUUUAACUCCUGAAGGAGAUGCGCUCUCGUGCAGCAGUCAGAACCUGCCAUAAAGUCUGCAGGUGCCUGCUGUCUGGGUUUGGCGGGCGAGUAGAUGGGGGGCAGCCGGCGCAGUUGACGGAAAGCAGUACCUCUCGCGGAGGGUACCUGGGAUCGCACGCUGAGCUCCCCCAGGGCAGCGAGCCGACCGAAGCCUCCGGGUUUGGAGAGGGAAGCGAGGAGCUGUUAGAGAUCUGUCAGAGAAGGCAUUUCCUAAAUGGAACCAAGAGGCAGCUUAGCCGAGAUUCUCUUCUGAGCGGGUGCCACCCUGGCUUUGGACCCUUGGGCAUAGAGUUGCGGAAGAAUCUGGCCUCAGAAUGGUGGUCCUCGGUGGUGGUGUUUAGGGAACAGGUCUUCCCUGUGGACGCCCUCCACCACGAACCAGGCCCUUCACUGCCCGGGGACAGUGCCUUCAGGUUAGUUUCUGCAGAAACUCUACGAGAAAUCUUGCAAGACAAAGAGCUGAGUAAGGAACAGCUAGUAGCUAUUCUUGAGAACUUAUUAAAAACUUCUGGGAAACUACGGGAGAACCUUUUCCACGGUGCCUUGGAGCACUAUGUAAAUUGCCUGGAGCUGGUAAACAAGAGGCUACCUUACGGCCUUGCUCAGAUUGGAGUGUGUUUUCAUCCUGUUUCUGACAAUAAGCAGACACCUGAUGGUGUUAAAAGAAUUGGUGAGAAGACUGAAGCUUCAUUGGUGUGGUUUACUUCUCCAAGAACUUCAAGCCAAUGGCUUGAUUUCUGGUUACGUCAUCGACUCCUAUGGUGGAGAAAGUUUGCUGUGAGUCCAUCCAACUUCAGCAGCAGUGAUUGUCAGGAUGAAGAGGGACGGAAAGGAAACAAACUUUACUACAAUUUUCCCUGGGGAAAGGAACCAGUUGAAACUCUGUGGAAUCUAGGAGAUCAUGAACUUUUACACAUGUAUCCUGGAAAUGUGUCUAAAUUACAUGGCCGAGAUGGACGGAAAAAUGUAGUUCCUUGUGUUCUGUCUAUAAAUGGGGAUCUAGACCGAGGCAUGCUGGCCUACCUCUACGAUUCUUUCCAGCUGACAGAGAAUUCCUUUACAAGAAAGAAAAAUCUUCAUAGAAAGGUACUUAAACUCCACCCUUGUCUAGCCCCUGUUAAGGUUGCUUUGGAUGUGGGAAGAGGCCCAACAGGGGAACUGAGACAGGUUUGUCAAGGAAUAUUUAAUGAAUUACUAGAAAAUGGGAUUUCUGUGUGGCCUGGUUAUUUGGAAACUGUACCAUCCUCAUUGGAACAGCUUUAUUCAAAGUAUGAUGAAAUGAGUAUUCUCUUCACAGUUUUGAUUACUGAAACUACUUUGGAAAAUGGAUUAAUACAGCUGAGAAAUAGAGACACCACAAUGAAGGAAAUGAUGCAUGUAUCCAAAUUAAAAGACUUUUUAAUCAAGUAUAUAUCAUCGGCUAAGAAUGUAUAGAUUUUUGUAUUUAUAUAAUAAAUAUUCUCUCCUAA